CACGGGCGUCAGUCAUAAGGGGAGGGGGGGAGUCGACGGUUGGUCUGAAGAAGCUCAGGCUCGGGCGCGUGUUGCCUUAACGUCCAGGCGGCAGCAGCAGCAGCGGGGUCCGGCUGUGGCUGCGCGAUUCCUCCGCGGUGCGCGGAGCUGUGGAUCUGUUUUCCUGGAGCGGAUUUAUGCCAGGGUGUCUGGAAGGAACAGCAGUGUAGGGUUAGCUGCCUCACGCCGGAGGAGUCGAUGGAGAAAAUAAGUUGACUGGCUCCGGAAGAAUUUGUGUUCUUCGCUCCGGGGAGGAGAAGGGGUGAUUCGGCUUGUUUCGUCGACGCGAUGGGGGCUUGGGGACCGGAGGGGCUUCGGGGGCUUCGAUUUUGACGUUUGGGAAAAGGAGAAGCAGCGAGAUUUACAGCUACAGCUGUUCAGGAGUACCUGUCGUAUCCAUCCACCCUGCCAGCCAGCCAGCCUCUCCUAGCUCUAACCCAGAAGCAGGAAUAGCUGCAUAUAUGGAGGGGGUUUGGUCCACUUUCUGCCCCGAAACAGAGUGAUCUCAGCCGCCUAGCGAGCACCAGAGCUCCGUGCUGGUUGUGGAGGUGCUGGCCUUGGGCGAGAAUCCAGUGCUAACUUCUUCACUGACUCCAAAAACACUGCAUGCAGCCUCCGGCCGUGGAAGCAGCCUCGGCUCCGGACCAGCCAACAUGGCCAAUGUGAAGAAGUCUAAAAGAUGAAGGUUGCAUUCCCCACUUAACCCACCACAUUCAGUUUCAACCUUCUCACUCUUAAACAGGAGAUAAAAGGAGGGAAACAAGGGCCUCAGGUUGUUUGGAGAGUGGAGAGCUUUCUUACCUCCAACAUGAGGGAGAUUUAAGGCCAUACAGGAUCUCUGGACUGAGGGGGGAGUGGGAUUUUUGUUAGUCACAUCAUCAUCAUCACCAUCAUCAUCAACAUUUAUUUUCUUUCAUUCUUCUUUCUCUUUCAUUUCCUUGCUUUUUUUAGCUGUUCAGGCUUUUUCUGAAUGUGCAGUUGUGAUUGUGGUCUGAUUGUGGGAAAUUUGUAGUGCCUGCCUGGCCAUAAGAGAGCAAAGCGCAUUUCCCAGAAGUAGGUCAGAUCAAAUGGAAGAUAGCUAGCUUAGCUGAAGCAUGGAGUUGACUUUAUGAGAGCUGAGAGAGAGGGAAAGAGAGAGAGAGACAGAGCUGGUGCACUCAUGUUAAAGCCACUCAAAUCUAGUCUUGUCACUCAACAUCUUUUCACACUUGUCACACUUACUUUGCUCUACUCCAAGCAUUUUUGUUUGGAUAUGUCCAUCCAUUGGAUAGAUAGCAGGCCAAUGAUCUAGGCUAGGCCUCUUCCAUCUCUUCGCCUGUUUGAUCUUUCAGGAGACCCCAUUUUCGCUCUUGUCCCCUUUCUCUUUAGUUUUGUUUUUCUCUUCCUUUCUUUUCGCUUUCCCUCUCUUCCUCUGGCUGUUGAGUGAAUGGCUCUUUGCGGGACGACGGCGACCAAUGCCGCAAAAAUGAUGGCUGCGUACAGUGGCGGCGCCUCGGCCGUGGCGGCCCAUCACCCUCACCACCACCACCAACUGCCACACCUUCCGCCUCCUCACCUGCACCAUCACCACCACCCGGGCCAGCACCACCUGCAGCACCCUGGCUCGGCUGCGGCCGUGCACCCUGUGCAACAGCAGCACGCCUCGGCCGCGGCUGCGGCGGCUGCAGUCAUGCUGAACCCGAGCCAGCAACAGCCGUACUUCCCUUCGCCUGCUCCCGGACAAGCCCCUGGCCCGGCGGCGGCUGCAGCCCCAGCUCAGGUCCAGGCGGCGGCCGCUGCGGCAGUCAAGGCGCAUCAUCACCACCAUCAGCAUGCUCACCACUUGCAGCAGCAACUGGACAUCGAGCCGGACAGGCCCAUUGGAUACGGAGCCUUCGGUGUGGUCUGGUCUGUGACUGACCCCAGGGACGGCAAGCGGGUGGCCCUCAAAAAGAUGCCCAACGUCUUCCAGAACCUCGUCUCCUGCAAGAGGGUCUUCCGUGAACUGAAGAUGCUCUGCUUCUUCAAACAUGACAACGUCCUGUCAGCUCUGGACAUCCUGCAGCCUCCCCACAUCGACUACUUUGAGGAAAUCUAUGUGGUGACAGAACUGAUGCAGAGUGACCUGCAUAAAAUCAUCGUGUCUCCUCAGCCCCUCAGCUCCGACCACGUCAAAGUCUUUCUCUACCAGAUCCUACGAGGUUUGAAGUAUCUGCACUCCGCUGGCAUCCUGCACAGAGACAUCAAACCUGGCAACCUCCUGGUCAACAGUAACUGUGUGCUCAAGAUCUGCGAUUUUGGACUUGCUCGGGUGGAGGAGCCGGACGAGUCACGUCACAUGACCCAGGAGGUGGUGACGCAGUACUACCGCGCCCCCGAGAUCCUGAUGGGCAGCCGCCAUUACACCAACGCCAUCGACAUCUGGUCCGUGGGCUGCAUCUUCGCCGAGCUGCUGGGCCGACGCAUCCUCUUCCAGGCCCAGAGCCCCAUCCAGCAGUUGGAUUUAAUCACUGACCUCUUGGGGACUCCAUCUCUAGAGGCUAUGAGGACAGCAUGUGAGGGGGCUAGAGCUCACAUCCUCAGAGGACCCCAUAAACAGCCUUCACUUCCUGUCCUCUACACCCUGUCCAAUCAGGCCACCCAUGAGGCAGUUCACCUGCUCUGCCGGAUGCUGGUCUUUGACCCGUCAAAGCGGAUCUCAGCGAAGGAUGCUCUUGCGCACCCGUACCUGGACGAGGGGCGUCUGCGCUACCACACCUGCAUGUGCAAGUGCUGCUACACCACCUCCUCCGGCCGGGUAUACACCAGCGACUUCGAGCCCGUCACCAACCCCAAGUUUGACGACGGCUUCGAGAAGAAUCUAACAUCUGUCCGGCAGGUCAAAGAGAUCAUUCAUCAGUUCAUCCUGGAGCAGCAGAAGGGCAAUCGGGUACCUCUCUGUAUCAACCCCCAGUCUGCCGCCUUCAAAAGCUUUAUCAGCUCCACAGUAGCGCAACCCUCUGAGAUGCCUCCGUCUCCUCUGGUGUGGGAGUAGCUGAUGAUGAUGACGAUGAAGACGGCGAUGAAGAAGAUGAUGUUGCCGAUGACGAUGAAGUGGGUGGUGGUUACCCUUUCGGCGGUCCCCUCCGCGCGCACACACCCUGCGCACCCCCGGACUACUGACGCCCAGGCAUCCCCAAAAACCUGCGUAGCAUUUCACUGGAGUCUAGCGCUAGCAGACGUUGCUGAUGUGUGUACUGUAAUACUAACUAAAAAAUGAAGUUCUAGAGAACCAACCACUGCUGAUCGGGUCGAGGAGGGACACGGGGGAGGGAAGGGAGGGAGGGGAUGGGACGGGGUGGGGGUAGAAGACGUACAGUAGAAGUAUUCCCACUAGUGUGUAGGUGUACCGAGGUGUGUAAGAGAGAGAUCUGUGCACAUGCACACAUAUCGUAUAUGUAUACACACCUACACACACAAAAACACACACACACAUACACAGAUAUAUAGAUAUAAAUAAAUAUAUAUAUAUAUAUAUAUAUAUACACACACACACACACAGAUGCGAGGGCAGCCGGACAAGCUCGGCCUCCGUGGACUUGUGUGUGGAUGUGUGUGUUGAGAUGCCAGGGUGUCUGGCGUUCCUGAAGUGAGGAAGUGAGGAGGCUCUUCCUUUUCUUUUUCUUUUUUUUUCUCUUUUUGUUUUUUAUUAUUUGUUCACUGAUAGAGAGAACACCUGCAGGUUCUCUCCACAUUGUAUGGAAGAAAGAACCGAGGCACUCUCCACCUCCAUCUUUAUCUCUCUUUAUCUCUCUUUCUUUCCCUUUCAAAGCCCUCAGAACUCACACCCACAUUUGUGUCCAGCUUGAUUCAGCUUAUUAAUAAUUUAUUUCAUUUGUUUGUUUGUUUUUUCAGCCGUAGUGUCAAAUAAUUUUAUAGCUUUACUGUCUGUUUAUUUGUUUGUUUUCGUUUCAUUUAGGUUUCGCUGUUUUUAUUUGUCUUAUUUCAUCUUCGGCUUCUGUUCUGUUUUUUUAUGAGCUCAUAUCCAGUUUCAGAAAUCAGUAUUUUUGUGUAGUUUGUGACAGUGCAGAGAUACUGGUGAUGGCGAGGCCACACAUGUAAGACUGCUGAACAUGGUAGAGUAGUAGGCAUGCUGGGCUGGUGGUCCUGUCAGUAUUUGGGCCGGUUUCUGCUCAAGGGUAACGCAGAAACGUGGCCAGGCUAAAACUGACAGGACCCUAAGAAUGAGAUGAAUGGGACAAACGGGACAAAAGCCGGGCAAGCCGGCCCUGUGUACCACACCUCCCCUAGUUUAGGCGUAGUUUAGGGGGACGGGAGUGGUGUGGCCUGCAGAAUGUGCAUACAACGAGUGCAGUAGGUUUAGAUCUAUUGAAAUCUAGAGAGAUCUCUAGAGAUCAAAGGAAAUCUAUGGAAACAUGUAGAGAUCAAAGUAGAUCUAUAAAAAUCUGUGAAGAUCUACAGAAAUCUAUGGAGGUCUGUGGAGAUCUGUAGCAUCCCUACAGGCCCACACUGGAAUUCGCUAUCUCAUUUAAAAGCCUGAGGAGAUCAUCUCACAUAAGUUCAGCUGCCACCUUAAUAAGGCGAGACCGAGCUGAGCAGUAAAGCCAGUCGCUGCUUAUCAGCUAACAUAGAAGGAAUGGAAUAUGGAAGUUUUGAUUAUUUAUGAACCCAUACAGUAUAGAAAUGAGCCAAACCUUAAACGACUGAACUGAGGACAGCAGUGAUUUCACUGAAAUAUCAGUGAAGGAUAGGAGAUUAGAUACGUGACAAAUACGUGACAAACAGCCAUUCCGUGCUAACCGAGAUAUAUUCCCAAAACUUGUCCCUAAAAAAGACAAGUGCACCAUUGUGUGAGUGAAUGUGCAUGUAUGAACCCAAAGCAUGUUUCAGGCCGGCCGCGGCGAUUGCCGAAGCCAGUCGCGCGACGCGCAUCCUCGACCCUCCGUCCCGCCGUGCGCUUCUUUCCCUUUUCCCGAAGAACGCAGGGCGGGGCGUAGUCCGCGAAGGGUCCGAGCAGAAGAAGUAGUUUCACUUACAUAUAUUUCACACUGUCCGUACCGCAGUCUCUCAGAAAAAAAAAGGAGAAAAAAAAAUCUCUUAAAAUGAAAAAUAUUUAAUAUAUUUUUAGAUGACUAUUUUUAUUUUCUUCCUUAAUGUGCUAUAUGGCAUGCUUUCUCAUGAUCCACUGAAUGUGGGAUGUAAAUAAGUGAGUAGUUGAUAGAUUUCAAUGGAAAACUACAGUGAAACUAAAAAGAUUUGCCGUACAAAAAAAAAGAAGAAUACAAUAAAAUAAAACUUAAAACAAAAAAAAAAUCUAAUAAAAAAAUAAUAAAUCACAAGACAAUACUGCUGUACAGAGGGUGAAUUAGCCUGCACAUUUUUAGGGCUGUGAAAUUUCGUUUUGAUUUUAUUUUUUAUUUUAUUUUAUUUUAGAUAUUCUUUUUUUUCCUCAUAUUAAUGUAAAUAUUUUUUUCCCAGUUUUGUUUUUUCCCUGCACUAAAAUAAAAGUGUAGAUAAAGACGUAAUCCAAAACAGUAUGAUUAUGGAAACAAACAACACAACCAAUUAUGUUAAUUGUGUCUUGUGUGUACUGCAGAAAAUAAGAGCUGUGGAUAUGAGUAGUCUAAUGAAGUAGAACCCUUUAUUAUUAUUAUUAUUAUUAUUAUUUCAUUUACUUUAGAGAAACACUGAACUCGUUGUGUAUAUGUAUAUAAUGAAUUCACAUUGUUGGUCUCUACCUCUGGAGCUCAAUGACUUGGUUGUUUACCUCCACACGUUUUUAAUUUAAUGUGGAGAUUUAAAACUUGAAUGUCCCUUCCAACUUUUAUAUUCCUAUAAAAUCCUGUGCAAAAAAAAUACAAAAAAAUAAAACAUUCAAAUUGCAAUUUGGUUGGAGGUGGGCCCAUCAUAUCCUUGUACAAAAUUCCAUAUUCCCACAUAUUCCCGACUCAGUGUUUUCCGACUGUUAGAUCACACCAAUCAUUUUAUCUUGUCAUGCGGGAAGAUCCAUAACAAACGAUCACAUGGUUGGUAUCAUUCACUGAAAGACGAAAGUUGUUGCAUUCGAAUCUGAAGUCCAAACACAUGGCGAAGCUAAAGCGAGUGAAGCCGAUAACCGCGCAGAAUUAAACCGCCUGUUCACGAAAAGAGAGAAAGAGAGAGAGAGACUAACCUGUAACUUCUGUCGGGCCAAUCGGAAAAAGGUACUACUACUCAUGCUGUCAAAGGUUUUUAUAAGACAUUUGAAGUUUAUACUCAGAGGUAAUGGUAUUUGCAUACAUUUUACGACAUAUAUGAAAUAUAGUAAGGAGGCAGAUUCUGAAGGCCUGGAAAAAAUCUGAGGUGGGUGAUCCGAAGGGACCGGGAGGGUUCUAGAUGUAUUAUGUGUUUGAAAACAGCGGGCGGUCUCUUUUCAAAGUGUAGAUUUUGAAGUACAGUGGUGAAGCUCAUUAAAUAAAUGUUGACAUUUAUGGAAAUGAAA